UAACUGCCAUUCGAGUUUCAAAUACGAGUAAAAAGUCUUUUAAAGUGCAGACAAAUUUAGAACAAUGGAUCAAGUAAUUACUUAUGAUAAAAGUUUACAACAACGUCUGCAAGAGUACUUGGAUGUAUACUCCAGUUCCAAGAUUGGCACAGUGAAUCAAAUUAGAAAGGAAUGGGGUUAUUAUUUGGAAUUCUCAUUGGAUCCAAAUGGAUGGCAAGCAAUUUGGAAAAUACCAAGGAUAAGUUGUGAGAAUUUAAAGAUUCCAUUUCCAACUAUAGUACUUGUGUAUAUUGAAGAUGUAAGUUUCAAUGAUUUGUCAGCAGUUGCAAAGAUAAUUGCUGUCCAAGAUGACAUAUCUUUGCCUGAGAAACACUUUGUUCCUUUGAUGCAAUUGUGGCCAACAAAGGACCAAGAUAAAACUGUAGCUUUAAACAUGCAAAAUACAUCAAACUCUUUGGAUAUGUAUCGAUUCUUUUACACCAACAUUUUUAUGCCAUGGGACUAUGAUGAUGAUAACUCUGAUUGGUUGCAAAUGCAUUUAGAAACUCGUUUACGUCUCUAUUAUGAUAUGAAAAAUGGAGUGAUUCCAAGAAGUGUUGCAGAACACAUCAGAUCAUUAUUAACAGAUGCUAGAAAACUUCAUGCUCGUAGAGAACAAAUUGAACUAGAUUUAAGUGAUAUAGAUGAAGAAAACACUAAUGAUGAAAGGAUCCAGACUUUGAUGGAUCUUAAUGUUCAAAUAAUUCAAAUUAAGAGUGAAGUUGAAUUGCUGGAAAAUCCUGUUACACGUAAUGUGAUUAUAAAAAGGUCCAAAGAUUUAACACCUGAGAAGAAAAUUUCCAAACCUCAGUUUUGGUUGGUUUUUGAAGAAGGAAAAAUUGAUGAAUAUUUUGAAUUUUUAAAUAAAGUCAAGAUGUUCCAUCCAAAUGAGACUUUUAAAUUUUCACCAAGGCUUUCAACAGUAUUAGAAACUUUCCAAGCUAAUGACACUGUCAUUUUGAGCAAAUCUCUGCAUUCCAUAAGAUCUGUAAGUGGUUUAGAAAAUGGAGGAUGUUUGAAGGGGAUUUAUGAUAAAGAGAAUACAACUUUAUCUCUUUUGAAUGAGGAUGUAAUUCUAGACUUUAUGGGUCAAAAUGUUGUUCUAGAAAAUAUUACAAUCAACGCUGCCUGUUCCCAAUGCGCAAUUUUGGUAAGAGCCGGUAAAACUGUUUUAAAACAUUGUAAAUUAAUAGGUGAUAAUCAUUCAUCUACCCAUCAAGGAAUUAUUGUAUUAAAAGGAGCCCAACUAGAAUUAGUUAAUUGUGAGUUGAGCGGAUUUUGCACUGCUAUUGUCGGUAACUCCGGAUCUAACAUAAGCAUUGCAAAUACAGAAAUAUUUGAUGUAAAUUACGGAGUUAAAAUUUACGACUACUGUACGUUUAAAGCAGAAAAUUGCACUUUUCACGAUUGCAAGGAGUAUGGUUUGUGCGUGGAAACGAAUAAGACUUUGGAUCAAAAAGUUGGAAAUUUUGAAGUUCUUCAAAUAAUUCCUGAUGUAUCAAUUAAGGAUCUUAAUGGUAAAAAUAACACGAAAGGAAACGUCUUGAUUAAUCAGAAAACCAAGAUCACUCCAAUGACUGACCUAUUCUCAAAUCCAAAAAAUGAUCCUACUAUAAAGCACAAUUCUGAGACAUCAGAAGACGAUGUAGAUAUGAACGAUGGUGAUGUCACAAUUAUUGAAAGGAAUGUCGACAUGAUUGAAAAGGCAGCUACUAUUUAAAAUAUGUUCCAUAUAUUUUUUUUCCCCAAUUUAUGAAGAAAUGUUUAUUUGU